AGUCCCGGACUAGUGAUGAAACACACCAUGGCUCCUCCUCUCAGCUUUAUUAGCAUGGGGAAACCUUCAGCAUAAAACUCCAUGCUCCGUCCUGGGAAUGAGAUCAGGAAUUCUGUCAGUGCCUUUUCUGACCUUGGUGCUGUUUGCAUCCUCACCUCUGGCUGCCCGAAGAUAAGCAUCAUGGAAGCACCAAACUUGCUGGAGAAUGGAAAUAUUCCACAGAAAAGGAAAUGUCCGUGCUGCAAAGUGGCUUUAUAUACUUCAAUAUUUGUUUUGAUUGCGCUCUCAGUAGUCUUCUGUUUGCUCCUUCACAAACAGCCACCAGAGACGUGCUGGGCACAUGGAUUUUUAUUGAACUAUUCUACAUCCACCAACAAAGCUACCAUGAUCUGGGAGUGGAACUUAAAGCACUGCGAUGAUUUGGUGCAGCAGAACCGCAAACACCUGAUAAUCAAGAAGAAUGGCAACUACUUCAUUUACGCUCAGAUCAGCCGCCAAAAGAACGUGACAGAGCUUUUUACAGUGGAGCUGUACAAAGAGCCAAACAUCAGUCUCAACAAGGCUGUGGGACCAAAGGCAGGGGAUGAAAAGGGCAUGGUAAAUUUUGGUAGACCUUUCUACCUGCAGAAGGGAGAUACGCUGUACUGUGAGGCAAAUAUCGGUCCUGAAGCUAUUACGAUGGGGACUGACACAUAUUGGGGCCUAUAUAAAAUAUAGCAGGAUUCUGUUCUGAGUCAGCUCCUCCCUUACACCCUCCAGGAAACCCUUAGGGCACUUAUCGUCAUGGAUGAAGAGCGUGCAAUUUCUCUUUGUAUGAAAUUCAGUUUGCUCGAGUGCAUGCCGUAAUAGGCUGGUAUCCUGCAGUGACAGAGUAAGCUUAAAAAAAAGGGGGGGGGGAGCAAACUUUGGUAAUAAUGGAUGGCACCUGAUCACCACAAAGUACGAGAGAAAGACGCUUCUGGGAUGAAGAGUCUUUGAUGCACUGCAGGGUUGACCCUGAGGUCCUGGAAAGACAAGUCACUAUAUUCAAUCUGUUCUGAGCUGGGAGGAGCUCUGCUUUGCAGCUGGUUGCAUUUCAGAGCUGGGUAGACGUUGGUACCUUGGGUCCCUUCUAAUGAAAGGUGCCAUGUAAAACUAAGGUAUUCUAUAUGAUUCCUGCACAACCUGCCCAUAAAUGAUGCAUAUAGAGUGGGGGGGUGAAGCAGUUCAGAGACAGUCUGUGAUGAAAGGAAAGCUUCUCCACCCCACCUGCAGCUUUGCCCUCUCUAUGCUACAGGCAAGGAAAACACCACGUUGGAGCUUCCUAAGGGAAGUUCCACAUUGGAACUUCCUAAGGGAAACACAGCCACAGGCAGGCAGAGCUGUGGCAUGCUGCACAAUGCACGCACAGCCAGGCCGGUGCUGCAGUGGGGAGGUGGGAAACAUGAGCCAGCAGGGGAGCAGCACGGCCUUCACCUGCUUGGGGAGCUGAGACGCUGCUCGCUUCAAGGCCUUGACUAUCUACGGCACUUGCUGGGACGAACACCAAAUCACCUGCGCACCACAGGAAGGUCUCAAAGCCUUAGCAAAGGCAAAGUGCUCCUGGAAGACCAGUCUGCUGUGGCCAAGUGGUGGUCCAGCCGCCCCAUGGCAUAGUUCCUCUCCCUUGCCUGGGCUCUCCUGGGAGCUAGGUGCUUUGCUUUCCUGCCAGUUGCACCUUUGUGUGUGAAACUCCUCUGCCGUGCCUCAGAGCACAUCCCAGCCUUACGGAUGGAGUUGCAUGGGAAAGCAAAGCAACUGAGAAGCUGACUGGAAAUAAAUAAUCACUUAGGGUGCUUGGGGUGGGUCGGGGCAGUUAGUGCUGCUGGUAGCUCUUACAAUUUUAUAUUCUAUGUAUUUUAAUUCUAAAGAACCAAGAGCCAACCUUUCACAGAGAUUUCUCCAGUCUCAUGUUUUGUUUCGUGCAAUCUGUUACUGAUGAAAAUGUUACUCUUGUUCUUACUUUGCUUGGUUUAUUUCCCUCAGUUUAAAAUAAAAAAAUCUUACAAACCGCAA